AUGUCACAGAAGAAGGACACCGAGUGUUGCCCACCCUCCGCGCCGCCACCCAAGGUGCCGAACCCGGUCGCGGCUACAGGCUCGUACCGUCCCACGGGCAAGUUUGAGUCGGUCGGCGACUUCAAGGAAGUGUACACCACCGGCCCCGACGAUGCGGAACACGCUCUUAUCGUCAUCUACGACAUCUUUGGGUUCUGGGAGACGACGCUGCGGGGUUCUGACCUCCUCGCGUCGCACCUCCUUCUCGUGAACCCGCACAAGAUCUACAUGCCGGACGUGUUCCAUGGCAAGCCCUUCCCGCCUGAGAAGGAUGGAGACAAGGACACGCUGAACACGUUCUUCUCCGGCACAGCCAAGCUCGAUGACCGUCUCCCCGAAGUCGUCAAGUUCGCCGAGGACCUGAAGAAGAAGUACAAGACGGUCUCGAUUCUGGGAUACUGCUGGGGCGGCAAGCUGACCCUUCUCGCGCUCGCCGACGCCAACGGCCCCUUCACGGCCGGCGCGGCGGUGCACCCGGCCAUGAUCGCGAACAGCGACGGCGACAACCUCGCCAAGCCCCUCGGCUUCUACCCCUCUAAGGGUGAGCCGAGCGACGUCGUGCAGCACAUUGCGCACGCGAUGCUCCAGAAGCCCUUCCAUGAGAAGUGCGACUUCCACCUGUACAACACGGUGCAUCACGGCUGGGCUGCCGCGCGCGCCAACCUCGACGACCCGGAGAACAGCAAACAGUUCGACGACGUGUACCAGCGCGUCGCAGACUACCUUGCGCUCGUCGAUAAGUAG